UAUUUAUUAAAUAAUUUUUAAAAAAAAGGAAAAAACUUUUGUUCAAAAAUCUGUCACGAAAAUUUUUCAGGGAAUUUUUCUGGAAUUUUUUUAUAUAUAGAAAAAAUAAAGAAGAAAAAAAAAGGAUUAAUUAUGUGGAUGAAGAGCUUGUUGUUUACCUGGGUGCUAUUGCAAGCCGAAUUCGGGAUCUAUGAAGGGAGAAUAGAGGAGGUAUUCCCUUUCCCAAAUUACGGGCUUACCAAAGAAUUCGAGGAGUGGAAAUCGGGUCCUAACGUUUGCAAGGAUCUUAUAAUUUUGAAAGCCGUAAGCGAAGAUGGCAUAUACAAUAUGAAGGAUUAUUUAGAAGUUCCGAAUAGUAGAUUUCCCGUGGCGGGUAGCAUUGUUCCUCGGCAUUACUCCAAAUCUUGCACCAAAUUUCAAGAUUUUUAUCAAUGCAAUACAAAAAUGUUCAGAGGACAACUUUUGCAACAUAAUCUCACCGUUUAUUCUUGUUGUUAUGGAUUUGCUAAUCAAGUAAAUCAACCUGGAUGUCCUAAAAAAAUGAAUCUUACAAGUAUGGUAGAGACUCUAUCCCAGCCCAACUUCAAAUAUGCCUUAGAUUUUUUUGAUUUGGGACAACUAAAAUCGGAGACCAAUCAAAGAAAUAUCACAUUGUUCUUACCGGAGGAACAAUACUUGAAGAAUUUCACGAAAGCUCAGGCUAAUUCAUCAGAGGCCUUAUUAGCGCAUUCUAUAUCUGGUUAUUUGCCCAGGAGCCAUAUGUGGAAUAAAAUGGUCAUGCCUAAUUUGUCUCCACUAUCUUCACCUAUUCGUUUAUCAUUUAUACAUCAACAUAACUUAUCUAAAGCCGAUUGGGCUGUUAACUGUGUCCCAUUAGAAUACGAGCAAGAAGUUCUGACAACUCAAGGAAUUAUUUACAAGAUCAAAGGCAACUUGUCGCAACCGGUGAACCAACUUGUCUAUUCUUACUUAUUGGGAGAAAAGGAAUUGAACAUGUCUAAAUAUCUAUUAUCGAUAGAUGAUAUCAAAAAUUUAAGCUCAGAUCCCACUGGAUUUUAUACCUAUAUAAUACCAUCCAACAAAGCUUUCGAUAAAUUGGAUCCCAAUCUUAUCAAGGAUUUAAAUGACAAUAAGUCGUGUGCUAUGGAAAGUAUCAAACUUCAUGUUAUAACUGAUUGGGUCUGUCCUGGCAUACUAGAUGCACCAACUAAUUUCAAGACCUUAGAAGGCUCUGAACUAAUCGUCGGCAAGGAUAACACAUCUAACAUAUCUUCAGUCAAUGGCUCACCCGUUAAUUCAGUUAAAGUUUUUACAAAUGGCGUCAUUUUAUUCGUGGAUCAUGUUUUAGUAUCCAAUAAAUCUCUAAAAUUAAGUAAACAACUGGCUAAUGAAAGUAACGCGAUUGAUUUCAUAAAAUUACUAAUGAACACUGUAAACUCGACUUUCGAAGAUAGUCUAAACGAUAGCGCGGUAUUGAUUCCGGAAAAUAAAGCUUUCGACGAAUUGAGUUUAGAUAUCAAAAACAAAUUGGUUGCCAAUAAAACUUUCGCAAAACUAUUUUUGGACAACCAUAUCAUUCCGCUCGACAAAAUGAAAGUGGUUAGAUUCGAUGAUUAUCAGAAUAAUGAUCCUAAAUACAUGAAUGUUACCAGGGCCAAUUAUCUACCUCAUAACUUCUAUUGCUUGCGAAAAAUCGGUAAAAAUGUUGGAGAUUUUUGUGGAGGCAAAUACUAUUCUAUUCCAAAGGCUUUUGUUCCUCUGGGAAAAAGUAUCUUGGAAACUUUGAAGGAACAUACAGAAGUCAGCACAUUCACCGAUUUGUUGGAGAACUCUAACUUAACUCUUUCAGAUGAUAAAUAUUAUACUUUAUGGGUCCCAGUCAACGAAAUAAUGAAGCUUUAUCUGAUGCCCAACAACAUAUCUAAAGGCGACAUUUCGAAUCUGACCAUCGAUAAUUUACCGGUCCAAGAGUUCAUUAAGAGACAAAUAUAUCCUGGAAGGAGCAAUGAUUAUUGUUGUUCAUCUCCCGAAAACGAAUUUUACCUCAAUCACCAGCUUUCUUACCCUUACAACGCCGAUGGUUUGACUAUUUAUGCCCCAACCGACCGAUCUAAAACCGCCCCUUUGAAUGUCAAAAUCGUGAAAUGUGACAUCCUUGGGGACAAUUUUUUGAUACAUUUUGUGGACAAAGCCUUCAACGAUACCAUAAUGAAAUUGGAACCCCCCUUCCCCAUUAUGCAACCUAAAGUCCCUCUAUGGGUUCAAAUGAAUCUAAAUUAGUUGUGUUUUUUUUUAUUUACAAUUUUUUUAUUUCCAUAUAUUUAUAAUAUUUGUAUCUUAUAUAUUUUCAUUGUAAUUAUAUUUUUUGUAAAAAAAUAUUAUAUUUUGAACCAUGUUUCUUUCUUUCUUUCUUUCUUUCUUUCUUUCUUUCUUUCUUUCUUUCUUACUUUCUUUCUUUCUUUCUUUCUUUCUUUCUUUCUUUCUUUCUUUCUUUCUUUCUUUCUUUCUUUCUUUCUUUCUUUCUUUCUUUCUUUCUUUCUUUCUUUCUUUCUUU